AUGUGGACUAAUCUUCCUAUCGUUUUGGCAGUAUGUCUUGUCAUACUUGGUAGCAAUGUUGGCGGUUUGGAAACGGAAAACCUUCAAGGUGGUCACGAUUCGGACAAAGGCGAAAUCAAAUAUCAAGUUUCCCUUCAAAAUGUAAGGCAACACUUCUGUGGUGGUACACUUAUUACAGCAGAUGUAGUUUUGACUGCAGCACAUUGUUUUUACGAUAAGAAAAAAAAGGUUUACUCUGAUGAUCCAUUUUUUGUUGUCGCGGGAACAAAUGACGUCCACGAUCAUACCUACAGGAGACGUGUAAAAACAAUGUAUAUUCAUAAAGGAUACACAAGUGCCUAUGACGAUUACACUUAUCAAUUGUACGAUAUCGCCCUUGUAAGGGUUGAUAAAGUAUUCAAUGUUGGUAAAAAUUUUCCAAUUGAUUUGGCAAAGCUGCCACAUAAACAUGAAGACUUCGUGGGCAAAACUGCAAACGUAUCUGGUUUUGGUUGGGAUUACGCCGUGCGAACUGGUGAACAGAAUCAUACCGGUACCUCAAAAGGAAAACUGAGACAAGCAUUUGUGAAAAUUUUUGAUGGAAGAUAUUGUACCACCGUUAAGACAUCACUUAUGCUCUGUGGUCGAGUGGAACAACGUCCUUGGAUGCAUUCAGGCGUCUGCCCGGGCGACAGUGGUGGUCCUGUUUCCUUCGAUAACAAAGUUAUUGGAAUCGUGAGUCAUGGAACAUGGGGAUGCGAUGAAUCAGAAUAUUAUUCAACGUAUACCAAAGUAUCGGAGUAUUUAGAUUUCAUUAAUAGUGUUUUGAACUACAGAAAAAGAAGUGACAUGAUAAUUCGAAGCAACAAUUACACUACACUUUAUAAUCCAAUUGAAAACAAGAUAAUUUUUACAAAAUCACCUGAAGCAAUUUCAGUAGUUAAAGAAAUUCAACGCUUGAAUCAACAAGUAGAAACUUAUAAAGAGAAAAAUGAUUUUCUGCUACAAUUGUAUACAGAAACGGUGGAAAACCAUCGGAGCGAAGCAGAUCAGCAAACAGCACAAAAAGAUUAUGAAACCAAUUUAAAUAUAUUGUACCAAGUGAUCAAUUUAAUAAAUAGUGAAUUAGAUACGUAUGCUGCACUGGGUCCAAAGAAUGUAGUAUUUGUAUGUGUUGCUGGUUUGGAAAGAGAAAACCUUCAAGGGACGACACAUGUAAAAGAUUACACUUACAAUACCAUUGUAAAAAAAAUCUAUAUUCACAAAGAAUAUGUAUCGAAUGAAAACUCUAACGAGAGGUUUGUUAAUGACAUUGCCCUUUUAAGGCUUGAAAAUGGAUUUUAUGUUGGUGAGAAUUCGCCUAUUAAAUUGGCUAGGCUGCCACGUGCAGACCAAGACUUUAUGGGUAUCAUUGCAACUGUAUCUGGUUUUGGUUGGGACUACGCUGAGAAAACUGGUAUAAUGGAUCAUACUGGUUACUCAACAGGACAGUUAAGAAGAGCAUCAGUAAAAAUUAUGAACUGGCACGAUUGUCUACCGGAGGGGCAUCCAACUCUGAUCUGCGGAAAAGUGGAACAACAUCCUGGGAUACGUUCAGGCAUCUGCCCGGUAUGA